GAUGCCAGUGAUCAAUAUUGAGGACCUGACAGAAAAGGACAAGUUGAAGAUGGAAGUUGAUCAGCUCAAGAAAGAAGUAACGCUGGAAAGAAUGCUGGUAUCCAAAUGUUGUGAAGAAGUGAGGGAUUAUGUUGAAGAAAGAUCUGGGGAGGACCCACUAGUAAAGGGCAUCCCAGAGGACAAAAACCCCUUCAAGGAGCUCAAAGGAGGUUGUGUGAUUUCAUAAGAAAAAAAAAAUCCUUGGAAUAUCUUGAGCUUUAAUGACAAUACUAAUUUUUGGUCAUAUAUAAU